AUAAUACCAACGUCUCGAGUUAUCAUCACACCGGUUCUGUUGCUUUGACACUUGACUAUGCCAUUAAAAACGGAAUCAUGCAAAUAAUAUAUAUGAGGUCUAUGUGGGUGAAACGUCUAUUAGUUUUAGGAUGUAUUUUAUUCCUCAGCUAUAUAUCAUUGAUUUUGAGGAAUGAAACCGACAAAAAGACAGAUGAGAGGCCUACUGAGGCCCAAACUAUUGAUAUUGAUAGAAGAUUUUCUGACUUGGAAAGCAACAUCAACAAAGUCUGUGAACGAUUUGUUCAAAAACUUUGAACAAAAGCAGGAUGCCAUUCAGAAAAUGCUUGUGGAUGAGAGAGACCAGAAAGUUGUGGCAGCUCCGGUCAAAUCUCAGAGAGGACAAGAUGAACAGAAGCUCAAGCCCCAGCAAUCUCCAUUGUUUCAGGGCUGGGGAGAGAAUCUAUCGGAUGAGGAUCAGGAGGAGGCACAGGCUUUGUUUGAGAAAUAUGGCUACAAUGUUUUCCUCAGCGAUCGUCUGCCUCUCAACCGAGAGCUACCAGAGACACGUGAAUCCAAAUGUUUGGAGAAGAAAUACCCCAAGGACCUUCCUAGUAUUGCUGUGGUAUUGAUCUACCUGGACGAGGCCCUGUCUAUCAUUAAACGGGCCAUCCGCAGCAUCAUCGACCGAACCCCUGAACACCUGCUGAGAGAAAUCAUUCUGGUGGACGACCACAGCUCCAAUGAUGAUCUGAAGGGGGACCUGGAUGUCUAUGUCAAAUCCAUUGAGGCGCAGAAUCCUUUGUUUCGCAUGGUCAGAGUGAGACAUAUUGAAUCACUGGGUUUAACUCAAGCUCGCAUCUCUGGGUGGAGAGCUGCUACUGCGGAUGUGGUUGCCAUUCUAGACGCUCACAUUGAGGUCCACAAGGAGUGGGCGGAGCCUCUGUUGACUCGUAUCAAGGCAGACCGGACAGUGGUGGUCUCCCCUGUGUUUGACAGGGUGAAUUACUACGACCUGGAUGUUGUCCAUUACGUCCCAGCAGCCCAUGCUUUUGACUGGGCUCUAUGGUGUAUGUAUGAGUCCUUCAGGCCGGAGUGGUACCAUCUCAACGACACGUCACUGCCAGGAAAGAGUCCCUCUGUCAUGGGAAUCAUGGUGGUGGACAGGAAAUUCCUGGGUGAAAUCGGUGCCCUAGAUGGUGGAAUGAAAGUGUAUGGAGGCGAAAAUGUCGAACUAGGUGUGCGGGUGUGGCUGUGUGGAGGAAGCAUAGAGGUAGUGCCUUGUUCUAAGAUCGCCCACAUUGAGAGGAACCACAAGCCUUACGCACCUGACCUGAGCAUGUCCAUGAAGAGGAAUGCACUGAGGGCAGCAGAGAUCUGGAUGGAUGAGUACAAACAUAAUGUCAAUAUUGCCUGGAACAUUCCAAUUAAGGAUCAUGGAAUAGAUAUCGGUGAUGUGUCAGAGAGAAAGGAGCUCAGAGAAAAGCUGAAAUGUAAGCCCUUCAAGUGGUACCUGGAAAAUAUUUAUCCUCAGUUGGACACAUGGGACAAUAUACUGGCCUAUGGAGGGAUGAAGAACUUGGAUGCAAACAUAUGUAUAGAUCAAGGACUUUUUCCUGGUCAUACACCUAUAGCCUUCGACUGCUUCAACUAUGGCCCACAGCACACAUACUACCACAGUAAUGGGGAGCUUUACGUUGGUGGCCUAAAGUCCCACAAGUACAAUGACAACAGGUGUUUGGCUGACAGUGGAGAAGACACUUUUCCUGAUCUGUACGACUGUAACGAGGCCGUGCAGAAGGGCAUGGGCAUUCACUGGGACUUCACGCAGGGCAAGGAACUUAAGAACAGACAAACAAAAAGAUGCUUAGAAAUACAAAACCAGAAACUUGUGGUCCAGAAAUGCACUGGCCAGAAAUGGGAAAUCCAAAACAUCAUCAAGCCCUUCUAAUGGACCAGCAUAGAGGAUUCAUGUUUGCCUCUAGACUAAACCACAUUUUAUGUUUGCUAUUCUGUUCUAUGGGUCACGUUGGACUACUAACCUAAAUGUGGCAUAUGCCUAUGCAUUGAUAUAACAGUGCUUAUUUAAUUUUGUUGAAAGGGAAAUGUGCCUUUCUGUCCUUGAUUUGGAUUGCCAUAAAUAAAAGUAGUUGUAAAAAAAAAAAU